CUACACCAUCUCCCUCACAACCUUGCCCUUGUCAGUCGGUAGCCAAAGCAAGCGUUGUGGUGUUCAUGCACUGUAUCUUUUGAACCUUUAAUCAGCUCGUGCGCGCGAAUGAGCAUGGAAGAUGAUCUGUCCGUCCAAGGUCGCCACAUAUGAUUCGCUUCUCUAUCCUCGAUACCCGCCAUGCAAAUCGAGUAUGAGCAAGAGCAGCAGGCUGGUACCGGAAGAGCUGGCUCGGCCGCCAGCUCGUCCAAGAUAACCCUUGACGAUCGUGAGCAAGAAGCUCGGCUGCGACAAGGUACAAUGUCUGUCCCGCCAUCAAGGCAUAAGUCAACGAUAUCUGCGCGAAAAUUAGGAAACAUAAGCCGAUGGUCUUCUUCUAUAACUCCUCCAAAGAGCUUGCAAGAUCAUGCAAGCCGUAAAGGUCAUCUAACCGUAACCGAACUCGUAACGCCGAGCUGGUGUGAAUUCUCCUUCCAGUAUUCCAUCCUCUCACUCUCCUAUUUGCCGCCAUCUCUGCGACCUGCCUCAAUAACAACACCGCAAGGAACUGUCAUUCCACUGGAUCAAAUGCGUUUGGAAAUGAAGCAACGCGUUUUCGACCAAGGAAAAAAGGUUCAUGCGAAGCUGGAGAAGGAAAUCUUCCCCGGUGAAAAAGUCUUCGUCUCGACCAGAGGGAAGGAAGAUGAAUGGGCACUCCAAAUGGUGCGGUUGGCCGUGGCGAUCAAAACGCUGCUGGACAAGGGAUGCUCGCGAGAAAUCCCUGUCUUUGGCUGGGUGCAGGACCGUCUCGUGCUGGGUAUUAUCGAUGAGCUGGAGCGGCGACCUCGCUAUGUACCAAAAUUAGACCAGGCCUGCACGACUUCGGUAAACGCAAUUCAAACGCAAACGGCUGAGAGUAGUGCACUUUCCAUGGGCGAUCAAAGAAAGUUUAAGCUUGCGAAUAAAGACGAGGGCGAGCACCCACCGUCUCUGGCCGUAUCAAAAGGCAUCAGAACUAGCUUUACGACGAGCCGCCAACCCCCAGAAGGUCGAGGGACCGCUUCUUCUAUAUCACAAAGCUCCUCUAAUGGCCCCCAAUUCACCUCUCAAGAAGAAUGGAAGAAGGCUGUUGCCAAAGCAGAGCGUGAACGUAAAGUUGAUGCGCGUCUCAAUAAGGCCGAUAACCGUGCCAAAUUGAGCCCCGUCACGAACUCAAAACAGCCAGCGCCGAACGAAGGGGCUUUGGAAGUUGGUCGCGAAAAGGAUCGGUCCGAGAGAGCUGCACCAGGGAUCAUGAGCUUCUUCAAGCCUACUACAGGAUUACCCGCGGCUUCCUCCGUUCUAGACCCAUCAGACGAUGACAGUGGGACUAAUUUGCAAGAAACGAACAGAGAUGCGCCUAUUGGCACCUUCACGCUGGAAGCUUCCUCCAACACCAAGGAGCGUCUCGCUGCGGGUAUGCUACCGUCUUAUCCUUUAUCGCACCCAAGAGCGGAAGCGGCAGGCUACGUCUACGUUCUAUCAGACAGCAAAACGCGUUCUUCCGACAGGCUGCCUCGCCCUGCUGAUUAUCUCCAAGCCAAGCUCCAGUGCAUGCUCUAUAAGCGCCUGCUGGAGGGGUUGCUGCUGGGCGUUGGAACAAGCGGUGCAGAAGGGCUCAUAGAUAUUCAACCGGGCGCCGGAAUUGCGACAUUGGAAGAUGAAAGCGUGGACCACAAGGGCACACCUUUCACGAUGUCUAUGCUUGCGCAAAGGUUGCAACUCAACUUACAUGCACCAUUGUCAGAUGACUUUCUUUCCGAUGCUAUACCACUCUGCGAAGGCUACGGGCUACACCUCUUCCCCGAUCUGGAAAGCUCGUCAAACAAGUCGACAUCGCCAUCCACAUCAGUGCCGAACGAGCCAAAAAGGCCGCGUGUGUGUACCCUAUCAACAGUGUUUGACCUAAUGGCAGCAACACUGAGAGACAUGCGGGCCAGUGCUUGGAAAGGACACGUUAUGACUCUCAAGGCGGCAAGCGGAAAGACCCAAACGUCCAAUGCCGAAAUUGAGUACCGCGCCGCAAAAUGCCCAAUCAUCUCGGACGAGCUUGCGCUCGUCUUCCGCAGACGCGGGCAGGGAAAGGAAUACUCUGCCAAGAAGCGGGACAGGGUUGGCGAAGCAAAAGAGCAGCACACAUUACCGUCAAACGCAGCUCCAGAUGCGAUGCCCGCGUGCAGCGUGAAACGAUUGAAUACAGAAGAGCUCGCCCCUUCAACAGGAGAUGGCCCUUCGCCUGCAAUGAACGUAGGAUCAGAACCAGCGGUUGCUACUUUGAUGCAUGUGGAGAAGCAGGCGAAAGUAGCAACAAUGGGCUCAAAUAUGGCAAACGUCGAGAGACAGCCUGUCCUUCAGCUUUCUCUUGCUGUACAAGGCGAUCCUGCGCGCAUCUCCGACCACACCAUCACGGCGAGUGACUCUCCUCGCAAUUCUCAACAAAGACACUGUAUGACACCCGCACUGUCAGUGUCAGGAAACGCUAUUGCUCUCGGCAAGUCCACAGCCGCUAAAGACCCGAGUAGCCAAGGUCCCUCCAAACGCACGAGCUUCAAGGAAGGCAGUAUUAUCGGUAUAGUGACCUUCUUACACGAUGCCACUCAGCUGGACGACUAUCUGCGCGAUGUCAUGGCCAUGUGGGAAGGCACGCGUGAGCUGCGCGGUGUGACCGACGAGACGGUCUAUCGGUGCUCCACAUGCGAGUUCAAGCAUGGCUGCGAGUGGCGCGCAAAGAAGCAAGAUGAACACCUGGCCGAGAAGGAGCUCCGUCGAGCCGAGUUGGAGCGUAGUAGAGAGGCGGAAGCUCAGCUGGCUAUUCGAUUCGCUCUGGAAAAGCAGGACGAAGAAAUGCUGCUCGCUGCCCAGAGCGGGGCGGCCGGCAAGUCACAAACGCUCAAAUCUGCUGAGAAUGACGAGGAGCUGUGGUCCCAAUUUGAAGACAUUGAGGAUGCGAACUGGGAUGCGGCCGAAAGCCAGGAUGUAUGGUGACAGUGUUGUGUAAUGCUACAUUAAUAGAAUACAAU